AUGGGAGGAGCGGUGUGUAAGGAGGAGGCUAAGGAGGAGAAGAGGAGCGCGGGGAGGGAGGACAGUCUGACGUCAGCCGACAGAAUCAGACGAUUCACUGUCAAACAGUUUGGAUACAACGUCCUGAGUCUGGCUCGCCGAGGACUGAAGGAUGUUCCAGAUGAACUCUGGGAGCUGUUGGAGUUGGAGAAACUGAAUCUGUCUCUCAACAGUCUGAAGGUCCUUCCUCCUCAGCUGUCCCUGCUCUCCAACCUGGUGGUCCUCAACCUGUGGGGCAACCAGCUGAGCAGCCUGCCGGCAGAGAUCGGGCAUCUGAGGAGACUCAGAGUUUUAUUUGCCUACAGAAACAGACUGACUGAAGUUCCUGAGGAGCUGGGAGCCUGUACACAACUGGAGGUCCUGAGUUUAGCCAACAACCAGCUGUCCUCACUGCCUGCUUCUCUGUCCAGUCUGACCAGACUGAGGAAACUAAACCUCAGCCACAACCACAUUGCUCACAUCCCGGGCUGCGUCUACAACAUGAAGGCUCUGGUGUUCCUCCACCUGGCCUGUAACCGUCUGGAGAACCUAGCAGAGAACAUCCAGGCACUGGUGGAGCUCCAGAUCCUCAUCGUGGAGGGAAACAGCCUCCACUCGCUUCCCAAGGCUCUCUGCUGCCUCACCAGGUUGGAGUUGCUGAACCUGGACUUUAAUGACAUAAAAGAUGUUCCACAGGAGAUGCACCAGUUGUCCCGUCUGGAGAAGUUAGCGUGUCAUCCUCUGGAUAAAGGACUCCACAUCGUCCACAACCCGCUGCUGAAGCCUGUGAAGGAGGUGCUGGAGGGGGGGCUCACUGCCCUCUUCAACUACCUGAGAGCUGGAUAG